UUCUUGUACUACCUAGAUCAUGAUGAUUAGUAAUUCGCAGUUUUACUUGGUAACUUUCUUGGUUUUGUUGUGCAUGGUUUCUUCUGUAUGGAGUGCUGAUAUUAAAUCUUUCAAUGUCAUCGAUUUUGGGGCUGUCGGAGAUGGAAGAACUGAUGAUCUCCCGGCUUUCCUCAAGGCAUGGGAAGCUGUGUGUCAAUCGGAAUCCAGUCGUGUAAUUCUUGUUAUACCAAAAAGAAAGAAAUUCUUACUUAAGCCUUCAGAAUUUGAUGGUCCUUGCAAGCCCUCCAGUAUACAUAUUCAGGUAUCUGGAAAUAUAAUUGCACCUAACUCAAAAUCGGCAUGGGAUGGAGCUGCAACCAAUGCAUGGCUCACUUUUGCAAAUAUUAACCAUCUUACUGUAAAUGGCAAUGGAGUUUUUGAUGGCCAAGGCCAUAUAUGGUGGUCAAAUGCUUGCACGAAUGAUAACACAUCCCAAGAAACACAAUGCAAAGGACCAACUGCAUUGAUUUUCAGAAGAUGUGAUCAGCUUCGAGUUAGGGGAGUAACGAUUAUUAGAAGCGCUAGAAGUCAUAUCAUAUUGACUGCUUGCAAUGAAGUUAGCAUUGCUAAUAUUCGUAUUAUGUCCCCUGGUGAUAGUCUCAACACCGAUGGGAUUGACGUUUCCGGUAGCACUAAUGUACGAAUACACAACUCUCUCAUCGCAACAGGUGACGACUGUAUUGCAAUAGGAGGAGGAUCGUCCAACGUUAGUAUUAGCGGCAUAACAUGUGGACCUGGCCAUGGUAUUAGUAUUGGAUCCUUGGGAGAAGGAGGAUUUGAAGUAGUGGAAGAUGUGAACGUAAGAAAUUGCACGAUGAAAGACACCUUAGCAGGAGUAAGGAUUAAGACCUGGCAGGGAGGCGAAGGGUAUGCAAGGAGGAUUGCUUUCGAAGGAAUUGUAUUUGUUGCAGUCAACAAUCCCAUCAUCAUCGACCAGUUUUACUGUCCCAGCCGAGUCAAUUGCAAAACUGAUACAUCUGCAGUUGCAUUGAGCGACAUAACAUUCAGAGGAAUACUAGGGACUUCCCUGAUGGACGAGGUGAUAAAUCUGAGCUGCAGCAUGACUGUUGGCUGCAAAAACAUACUUCUUGAUCGAGUGUAUUUAUCAUCUGUUAACGGUAACCCUGUUCAUGCCAAGUGCAUCAAUGCUCAUGGAAGAUACACUCAUACUAGCCCUGCUGUGAAAUGUCUGCUGCCGCCAUAGUUUUAAUUUCACAAUGCUUUCUUGUUCAACAAAGAC